AUGAAUCGCGAACUCUAUGAAGAAAAGCAUAUUGAUGAAAGAAAAUAUACUCUUAUUAAAUUAAAUAAAAGUGUUGAGAAAUGGAAGCAUCUUCGGGCAUCUUCUUUCCAACGUCUAGUCGUUGCUGCGGCUAUUUGUAUAUUCUCACUUGGAAUUGGAUGCUAUCUUUAUAUUUCAGAUAAAGAUAGCAUAAAGUCAUCAAUGAAAAGGAUUGUUUCAACUUCAGUUUUUGGAGCAGGAAGCACAGGAAUUCUUGUCAAAAGCCUAACGUCGCUUAAAACCCUUUUUACUAAAAAAAAGGAUGAAAAGAUUGAAAAGAAUAAUAAAGAAAACGAGAUAUUUGAUGAUGCACUCGUUAAAAAGUCAACAAAUAAUUGUCCAAGAAAAUUAGAUUCUCAUGAAUCUUCACCCUUAUUAUUUGUAAAGGCUCUUAUUGAGCAUAUGCAUAUUAUGAUGUUGGAAGAAGUGGACAAAAGCGACAUGAAUAAAACAGAUAUUGAAAUAAAUGAGGAUAUGCCCGAUUUGGUUGAUGAUAUAAUAAAAUUUAUACUGUUACGCGCAAACAACGAUUAUCAUUAUUAUCAUAUUAUAAAGAAUGAAUAUCUUAUAGGCAUUUUGGUAAUUAUAAAGCUAUUGGCACGUUAUGCAACUAUAUUGCACGACGAAUUUGAGAGUAAAAGCAAUUCUAAUAAUAAAGGCAAUUCGAUUAAUACUGAAGCGACCAACAAAAUAGAUAGUGAAAGCAAAUCAGAUUAUUUAAGUUGUGUGCGCGCUUUACUCGGAAGUAUAAAUGCUUGUAUGGAUGCAAUUUUUCAAGAAGACGAAAGACAUAUAAGGAAGGAGCUAAAAAGAUUGGAUUUACUUAAACCUAAUUUGGAUUCAAAAUUUUGUAUAUCUUAUCUCGGUAAACUCGAUAAAGAAAAUUAUAUUAAGAAGAGUAUUGAUAAAUAUUUUGCGGGAAGGCCUGAGGCUAAGAAGACUUAUAAAA